AUGGCUGCUACGAGAAACGACGACCCAGUCAUCAUCGUCGGUGCUGGGAUAAUCGGGUUGGACGUUGCAUUGGUUCUCGCCCGACGGGGGCUUGGCCAACAUAUCACUAUCAUUGCCGAGCACUUUCCUGGUGAUACCUCGGUUAACUACACCUCUCCUUGGGCUGGCGCAAAUUUCUCUGCGAUAUCCGGGAGUGACGAGAACGCUUUGAGAUGGGAUCGUCUCGGAUACCGUCACCUAACCCAGUUGGCAACAAGCGCUGGCCAAGAAUCAUACAUCAAGCGGACACCAUCAGUCGAAUACUGGGACGAGGCCGUGUCGGAAGACAAAAUUCAAUCAAUGUCUGAGUACCUUGAAGAUUUCAAACUCAUCCCACAAAGUGAGCUCCCGGACGGAGUCCUAUUCGGUGCUUCAUUCACAACAGUUACUGUCAACGCACCGAAACAUAUUGAGUAUCUUUUCAAUUUACUAAAAAAGGAUUAUGGUGUAAAUUUUGUCAAAAAGAAGCUCCCGAGUAUCCAGUCUGCGUUCAGAUCGCAGACGAGGGUGGUUUUCAACUGCACUGGCAACGCUGCUAAGUUCUUGUCGGGUGUGGAGGACCUUAAAUGCUAUCCCACGCGAGGUCAAAUCGUGCUUGCGAAGGCGCCCCUAGUCAAUACUAACAUUAUGCGACAUGGGAAAGACUAUGAGACAUAUAUCAUUCCACGGCCGUGGUCGAAUGGCAAUGUUAUUCUUGGCGGCUAUAUGCAAAAGGGUGUCAGCACAAGUGAUACGUUUGCUCACGAAACCGAGUCUAUUCUAAACCGGACAACGACUCUAAGCAGUGAGUUGAAGGAAGCCAUACCAGAGGUCCUUGCGAGCUUCUCUGGCCUGCGGCCUUCACGUGAAGGCGGAGCUAGAGUCGAACGAUCUGAAAUUUCCAUCGGCGGUAAGAAGCGUAUUUUGGUGCAUGACUACGGCGCCAGUGGGACGGGAUUCCAGGCAGGAUACGGGAUGGCACUUGACGCAGUCAAGACGGUUGACGAUCUCCUUGGAGAAAUUGAGAAAGAAGACUCUCGAGCAAAACUUUAA